AUGGACGGCCCCGACAAGCUGAAGCGUGCACGCGGCGGCCACGGUGGCGGCGGCGUUGGGCAUUCUGUGGACCGGCUGAGCGCCCUGCCGGACGACCUCCUGCACGCCGUCCUUUCCCGCCUCAAGGCCCGGCAGGUGGUGCGGACGUGCGUGCUGUCCACUCGGUGGAGGCACCUCUGGCGCUCCGUGCCGUGCCUCCGCGUCGACCAGCGGGAGUUCCAUGCCGCGGCGACCGGCAACGGCUCCCUCGUCGAGAGGCUGAGUUUCAACAACUUCGCCCACAUCCUGCUGCACCGCCACAACGUUGCACUCCUAGAAGAAUUUCGCCUGCACGAAGACCCUGGCUAUGGCUAUGGCUAUGGCUAUGGCUAUGGCUAUGGCAGAUGCCAUGCUGACAGCUGGGUCCGCCAUGGCAUAAGUCAGGAUGAGACUUGGCCUAGCCGGCUCGAAAGGUUGCAUCUUAACAACGUGUCCUUGGACGGUUACUUUGCCAGGCACAUCAGUUCGCGGUGCCCUGCUCUUGAGGACAUGCGACUGAAAAACUGCAGCUACUGGCUCACCGAGGACAUCAGGUUCACCUCCUCCUCGCUAAAGAAAUUGGUCAUCGUCGGCUUCCAUGUGGUGAGGGAGGAUGCUUCUUUCAGGCUGAUUUUGGAGGCUCCUGCCCUUGCUUCCCUCCGCCUUGCCGGUCAUUCUUCUAACAAUUAUUCAGUUGUCAUGGGUCUGACGACUGUGACGAGCAUGCCAUCACUUGUCGCUGCAUCGAUCUGUCUGGUGACUGUGAGCAGGUUCAAUUACAGCAAUGAAGAUAACGGCCCAAUUGAGAGGCAAUUGUCUUUGCUCAACGAGCUUUUCAAUGUGACGACUUCACAUUUGUCUCGUUUUGGGGUCAUGUUUCUUGUCCUUGGAGGCGAUGCUGGUCUGUUUUUCCCCGAGUUCAAAAACCUCAAGAUGUUGUCCCUUGCCGAAUGUGAUAUCAGUGAUGACUUCCUCACGCUGAAGCAUUUCCUGCGGAACUCACCUAAUUUGGAGAAGCUCACGUUGCGCUGUUGUUUACCUUUGUUCUUUGCUGAAGUCCAAGUUUCCAUUGGGAUCAACACAUCAAUAUUAUUUAAGAUAUUGACACUGAAGUAUCCACUACCUGAGGUAUCAAAUGACAAGGCAUACAAAUAUUUCGUUGAUCAAGUUGCAGCUAUGGUAUGUGAAUUAGAUGCUAAAGAAAACAAAGUGUAUGGAGAAGGUAUCAUCAUAUAUGCCAGAAGUUAUGUGCGUGACAUUAUCACAUCGGAGUAG